AUGCUGCCACGAUUCGAGAGACUGAUACUUCUCGAUGAAGAUACUGAUGAAUCUACGGUAUCACCGUUCCUCAAUCAGUCUCGUGUUACUGAUAAAAAUAUGAGCGACGAGAUUUCCAAACUCAAAACAGACAGUACCAAGAGAUUCAAAGAGAAAUGGGAGAAAAUCCUCGAGAAAUAUUCGGCAAUUGAUGACGAUCUAGAGUCAGACGAGAUUGAUCUUGAAACUGGAAAAAUUACCAUCGAUAACGGUCACUUGCGUUCGAUGGCUCCCAAUGAGAUCAUCGUGGGAGGUGUCAAGGUUAAUGGUGAUAUAUGGGCUGACGAUGACUCCUACGAUAAAGCUUAUAGUGAUCAGAAACGCGUUCAAGCUCACCAAGAGAGACUACGAGAGAGGUUUGAAAAUCACAUUCGUCGUCAUAAAGAAGGCUCGCCUCUAAAGAGAAGCGAUGUGCCCAACGAUAAUCUUCAUAAUACAUUCUUGAGUCCAACAAAGCGGCGUCAACCACAACUGCAAAUUGAUCAGGAAAGCACAGGCUGUCUCUCUCUAUCUGAUGAAUCAGAUGCAUCGGAUUUAUACGCUUCACCUUUUCAAUCAUCGCGUAUGGGCUCUGUUCCCUCGAGUCCGUUGAAACCCUCCUCAUCGAUUUCUCCAACGAAAAGGCUUCGAAAGUCUCGUCCACCGUACUGGUAUAACUGUGCUUUUGAAUACUGCUCAUUCAUUACAGAAGAGAAACUUGGAUAUGAGAACCACUUAUUGGCAAAACACGCAGACGAGCUAUCGUUCAUAGGAUAUCCAGUGAAGGGAAAUGAAGAAAGGAUCAAAUCUGUCAUCACUGAGCUAUGCACUAGAAAGCUUGCUCUACACUUUCCCUUGUCAUUUGAUUCGGAGGUCCAAGCAUUGGAGAACGAUACCGGAGCCUGUCCUCUUUUAGGAUGUGGGUUCAGUGAUAGCAGCGUUGCUCGAUUAAAUGGGCAUAUAAAGAAGGAGCAUAAACCGAUAGUGGCUAGAACAGGCUUCCCAAAUACGGCAUCGCGCUCCGCAAGACAUCCAGAUGAAACUCUGAAAGAAAAGAAAUGCUCCUCAAGUAAGUCACCUACAGUUACACACGAAAAGGAAGACAGUUGUCUAUACGAGGAUUCGCUGGCGAAUCACUCUAGCUUAGACAUACCCAGCGCCCCGCCUUUCAAAAUUAUGGAGGAUGUAUCCUGCUCUUCAGAGGAAAAAGACGACAAAGUUGAGGGUUAUGACUCCAUUGAUGAAUUUUUCAAUGAUUAA